UGUGCGUGUAUGCGCAUGCGCGUAUUCAGGUACUUCGAGGCGGUCCAGUUGAAGGAGCAGCGUCGUCAGCAGCGUCUUCGAGGUCACACCAGCUACGAUGUGGAGAACGGAGAGUUCCUGUGUCCGCUGUGCGAGUGUCUGAGCAACACUGUGAUCCCUCUGCUGCCACACACACCCUCACCUGACCUCAGUGUUGAUCAUCCCAAUUUGGAGGUGUGGCUUAAAACGACCAAUCAGCAAAUAGCAGCACUACACUCCGCCCACAGGAAGCAGUCUGACGGUGUAGCAGAGGGGGCGGAGCCUGCUGUUCCUGAAGGAUUCAGACUGGACUUACCUCCACAGAACCCGUUCUCUAGCAGCGUCAGUGAGAUGAUCACCACCUUCUCCAUGUCGACCUACAAGGUGGGACUGAAGGUGAACCCCAACGAGCAGGACCAGAGAGUCCCGGUGCUGAGCUGGUCCACCUGCGCUUACACCAUCCAGAGCAUAGAGCGCCUCCUGAUGGACGAGGACAAGCCGUUGUUUGGAAGUUUACCUUGCCGACAGGAUGACUGUCUGAGUUCUCUCACCAGGUUCAGUUCAGCCUGUUGGACGGCAGCUUCACCUGCAACCAGCAACACACACUUCAUCAGGCUGCUGGCAGCCCUGGUUCCAGACUCUCAGGUAGAAAACACUCCCUGUAUCCUCGACAUCGACAUGUUUCACCUGCUGGUCUACAGUGUGAUGUCAUACAGCUCAGUUCACAGUCUGGACCAACCAGGACGGAGAGUGGUGGACUCAGCUCACCUUCACCUGCUUCACCUGGUCACUGUGGCUCACCUGGUCCAGAUCCUGCUCACCUCCACCACAGAGGAGGUGUGUAUGGAUCAGGACAGUGGGGGAUCAGAGGAAGAGGAGCUCACCUGUCAGCUCUACAACACACUGAGGAAACACCUGGGCAGUGUGUUACCUGAGGUCACAUCUGGCUGGCAGCUGUUUCGUUGUGUUAAAGCCGGCGUCCUGCCGUUCCUCCGAGCCGCCGCCCUCUUCUUCCACUACCUGAACUCUACGGCGCCACCGGCUGACCUGCUGGCAGGUCCUGCUCAGUGGGAGUCUCUCUGCUGCUUCCUCAGUCUGCCCUCCAACCUGCUGACACUCCACCAACACACACUGAUGGACACACUCAUACACAGGUGGUGUUGUCAUCCAGGUGUGAGAGGGACCCUGCAGGGGGGCGGAGUCAUCGUCAGGUUCCCCAGAGAAUCCAACCGGCUGAUCGAACUACCAGAAGACUACAGCGUCCUGAUCAACCAGGCCUCCAGCUUCACGUGUCCUCGGUCUGGAGGUGAUAAGUCCAGAGCUCCCACCCUGUGUCUGGUCUGUGGCUCCAUGCUGUGUUCUCAGAGUUACUGCUGUCAGACGGAGGUGGACGGAGAGGACGUAGGAGCCUGCACCGCUCACACCUUCAUCUGUGGAGCCGGCCUCGGCCUCUUCCUCAGGGUCAGAGAGAGCCAGGUGUUGUUUGUAGCCGGUAAAACUAAAGGCUGUUUCUACCCUCCACCGUACCUGGACGACUACGGAGAGACCGACCAGGGACUCAAGCGGGGGAACCCCCUCCAUCUCUGUGCGGAGCGUUACAGGAAGAUCGAGCGUCUCUGGCGUCAGCAUGGCGUCGCUGAGGUCAUCGGUCACGCUCAGGAGGCCAAUCAGACGCUGGUAGCCAUCGACUGGCAGCACCUGUGAUGUUUGGCUCCGCCCCUUUUUAAUAUCAACCAAUCAGCUUCCUGCAGCCCAGCGCUGAGCUCAGAGCAGCUUUCAGGGAUUCUUUCAGGACUUUUGGCUUUUUGGUUUCUGUAUCAUGGAGGCUGCUGACCUUUGACCUUUGACCUUGUCCAUGUUUCACUCCACCUGACUCCACCUGACUCCACCUGACUCCACCCGCUCCGUUCGUGCUCACACAGACAGGAAGUUAGUUUCUUUUAGAGUUUUUACAUUUGAACUUUAGUUUCUGGAUAUUUUCUGAUUCAUCAACUCGUUAACGGCGAACCAGAGUGAAGCCCCGCCCCCUGCUGCUGUCACUCCAGAAUGAAGCCCCGCCCCCUGCUGCUGUCACUCCAGAGUGAAGCCCCGCCCCCUGCUGCUGUCACUCCAGAGUGAAGCCCCGCCAUGUUGCAUGAUGGGAAAAGUAGCCUAGGUUCAGUCAGCUACGACUCCCAGGAUGCAUUUCACCAAAGACUCGGCUACAGGAGGCAUGUCGGAACUUCAGCGGCGUGAAGACGGCGUGAAGACGGCGGUCCGACGCGCCUUCAUGAUGCUCAUAACGUUAGCUAGCUUAGCACGUUAGCAAAACAAAGAGGGUUGAAUAUGAUUAUUAAUUUCUGAGACCCUUUUAGUGAUGACGUCAUGGUGAGGUCAUGAUGACGUCAUGAUGAGGUCAUGAUGAGGUCGUGUGAGGUCAUGAUGAGGUCAUGAUGAGGUCAGGGAGUUAGCUGGAGGCUAAUGCUAGCUGUUGUUAUGGUUACAUGUGAGAGGACAGACUGACUGGCGUCUCCAGCGAGCUUCAGUGUGAGAAACGUUUCAGAGUAAAUGAUGCUAAUAGUUAGCCGUGUUAGCACAAGGCUAACUAUUAGCAUCCCUUUCUCUCCGUCUCCGAGACGUUUCUCUUCUAUAUCGUCCGACUCCGUUUGACUGAUUUCAGUCUGGACGACGACUCGACGAGCUUCAAACAAACGUUCAAGCAGGGUAAUGUAGUUUUAUAAGAGUUGAUGGGAACUACAGAGUCACAGCUGAACGUUAGCGUUAGCUUAGCUUCAUCACACCUCCUCCUGGUGUUCACUUCAGUUUCCAUGGUAACAGAUUCCCAGAGUUCAGUGCUUCUGCAGAAAUCAUCAUGAACGAUCAACAGUCGGAGUAUUGAUCACUUCUACAACAUAU